CAAUAACGCUACUUAGAAAGCUUCUAAACCGAAGAAAUUGAUAUUUUGUGACGAAAAAAUUUAUGAUACUGUAUGUGCGAGAGCUGAAGAAGUAACUUGAAGAAAUUAUAACCUAAAAAUUCAACUUUGCAAUAUUUGUUGACUUUUAUGAGAAGAUCAAGAUACUGUACGAAGGAGUGAUAAACAAGUGGAAACCUUUUUGAGAAAAGACUGCAAUUCAAAAACUUAAGGCAUUUAUUUAGUUUGUAUAAUUUUCAUCCAAGUAAGAUAUCAAAACAUGGUUUGCGAAAAAUGUGAAAAGAAAUUGGGCAAAGUUAUUACUCCGGAUCCCUGGAAGACAGGCGCAAGGAACACAACCGAGAGUGGAGGACGUAAGGUUGGGGAGAACAAAGCUCUUUCUGCAGGAAAGGCACGAUUCAAUCCAUAUACCACAAAAUUUGAGAUCUGUAGAAUAUGUAGACAGAAAGUCCACCAGGUGGGAUCACAUUAUUGUCAGUCUUGUGCAUAUAAGAAAGCUAUAUGUGCUAUGUGUGGUAAAAAACUUAUGAGUACAAAGAAUUAUAAACAGUCGGCUACAUAA